UCUCCCUUUCGCUGACAGUCAACGGCUUUUGUUACUGCGUUGUUUUCGGCUUUCUGGAGUGGAAGAAAAAAAAAGAUUAAUUGCGGCGUUUUCAGACAUUUGUAAAUCAAUUUUAAGUCAAAUUUCGCGCAUAGAUAAGUGCCGAUCAGUUUCGCGUUAUUGUGCAUUUAGUGGAAAACGUCGUUAACUCGGCUGCCGGACCGGAAAAUAACCAUGAUGAUGGAAAAUUUAGACCACGUCUACUGCAACACGGCGUCUACUGAUGUCGGGGGCAAGGAUACUUCGGAGCAAAUGAGCCUUUUUAAGGAGGUUAAGCAACUGCAAUCGAUUCUAUUGCUGCAUUUGGAUUUGAUACAGGAGCAAAGUGAUCAGAUAUUGGCCAAAGAUAAAUUGAUUAUUAAACUAAAGGAUGAGAAUGAAAUGCUGAAACAUCAAUUGGAACUAGUCAACAAGCAACUCCAACAAAUGAAGCAGAGAGAACAGCAGCGGGAAAUCAGCAACCCAAUAAGGAACAUAACAUUCGACAAAAUUUAUGAUUACGAAAAUUCGAUUGCUUCUCGAAUGGUUUCGGAACAAAUAGGCAGGGCAAGAGAGCCGUCGGUUAGCGGGAGUGUUGCAAAUAUCAAGAAGGAAGUUAUUUCCAGUGACUAUGAUCAUUUUGAUUCUAUGUGCGCCGAUUUUGAUGGCGACUUGGAGUCUGAUAUCAAGAUUGAAAAUAAUGAAAUCGAGGAGGAAAUCUUCCUCAAUUAUUCCAAAUCAGACGACGAAUCUGUACCCUCGAAUGACGUGCCGGUAAUUGAUAUACGAUCGGCCGUAGAGCUGCGUCCGCCUAGUUCCAGCACGCCGAUCAGCUGUGGCGUCGGUAUUUCGCAACCUUUGGAUGAAAUGGUAAACAACGCACCUAGCGACAACUAUGGAGCGUGCACAACUACAAACACAAACAACAAAAACAACUCGAGCGCUAAUGGUGUGAGUAUCAGCAGCGAUAAUAUUGAAAAGGCUCGGUCCUCUUCUGUUGACUGUGAACCGGCUAAAGAUGUAAUAUUUAUCAGUGAAGAAGUUGGAAAAGCCGGCUCUUACAAUCCAACAUGUUCAUCUGGAAAUUCGUCGGAUGGAAGUUUUAUGAAAAAAUCUUAUAAAGCAAAAUACAUAACCACUAAUAAGGAGUAUAUAACGUGCAAUUGGAAAGAUGAGGCAAUUACAAACGAUAUUGAGAGAUUGAUGGAAAAUGAAGCUGCAGAAUUGGAAAUUCCAUGUUGGACCGUGAUCGAUGAAAACCUCGAGGCGUCCCGAAGUUCUAGUGAUCUCGUUACGGAGAACAUCAGCGAUGAAGCGUACAUGAAACGACAUGCCAAGCUUGAACUGGAUGAGAGACGACGGAAAAAGUGGGAUGUGCAAAGAAUAAGGGAACAAAAAAUGGUCGAACGACUCAAAAAACGUCACCUCAAAGCGGAAGCCGAGGAACAGAAAAUUAUUUCCUCAUUCUAUCCGUCAAUCGACUCCAUCAAGUACGUGCAAAUUAUCGAAGACAUUCCGGUUCAGGCAUUUGGUGAGCUGAUUCCAGAUCUACAUCCGAGCAACUUUAGUCUUCCGUGGAUGAGAAUGAGCAUCGAAACAACAGAAACGAUCACACCGCCAGAAUUCGGUCCCGGGCCCCUGUUUAACUCGUCUACUAAUGACGGUCUAUCGGCAACACCUUCCUCCUCCUCUUCCUCUUUGCUAAACACUCAACCGUCAGCCGGCAACAGCAGCAGUUCAUCUUCGCAAGAGCAGAAAACAAAGUUCCUCCACCGGCUGGCACCGAAUCUCAUCGCUCAAAAGCAGCGGUUUACGAAGCGAAUCAAGAAGGAAAACUAAAAACAAACCACAACAUAUAGAAAUCCCAUCUUAUCUAGGUAAUAGUGCUUUAAAAGUGACGAGACCACUGCAAGUGGAAACGAUUUUUUUCUUUUGUAUGACAAAUGUGUAAAUCUGGCUAGAGCAUGUCUAUCUUUGCAGUUAGUGUUAAGGCGCGUGUUGUAAAUGUUGAAUGUAGAGUGGAAUAAACAGAUAUAUUAGAUUA